UCAUGUUGCAACAUUACGAUUGACGUACGGUGAAAUAGGGCAAUAUCCCAAAUUCGCCAUUUUUACUUUAGUGAAGGGAGAUUUUAUAUUUGUCAGGCUGGAGGACGAAGAUUAUUUUGAAAAAAGUGUGUCAUUAUAUUUAAUUUAAAGUAGAAAAGACUAUAAUUUGAAGUUUUCUUAGAAUAAUAGUGUGGUUUUAUUUCUUACUAACGUUUGUAUGUAGUGCUACUUCCCAUCGUAAGGUUGCUCGUUGGUGUGUCGCUUUAGCUAAUUUCGAUGGCUAUGAUAUUGAAAUUGUAAUAUAUCGUGUCGAUUUGACGUGCUCCGUACGGAAUAAAAUCGAAAACCGAGGCGACGUCGUUAGAAAUGAGCAGGCCUCAAGGCGGACGCAUACAAGUCCCGGAUGACCUUAGAGAGAUUUUAUUGGAGUUCACAAUAAGUUACCUUCUGGAGCAGCCGGGGGACGUGAUCAACUACGCGGUCGAGUUCUUCACAAGGUUACAGAACAACAGGACGACCACCAUAGUGAGAGGCCCUACCGCCGGCACGCCCGAUGAGUCCAUAAUAUCGGAUGAAGAAGAGCCGCCUGUGGCGCGCUUCAACAACCGACGCAAGUCCGUGUUCGCGGAGACAUAUGACCCUGAAGAAGAUGACUCCGACGAGGGGGCGGCCGCCGUGUUCCCAAAAACUGACGCACAGCGGUCGCGCCUGGCGGAGGCGGUGCGAGGAAUCCUGCUCUUCCGUUCGCUGGAUGCCCAACAAAUGCAGCAGGUGCUCGACGCGAUGUUCGAGAAGCGCACGGAGCCCGGCGAGUACGUGAUCCGGCAAGGCGACGACGGCGACAACUUCUACGUCAUCGAGAACGGCGUGUUUGACGUGCUCGUCACCGGCGAGGACCGCGUGGAGAAGGUGGUGCACACGUACGAGGGGUCGGGGUCGUUCGGCGAGCUGGCGCUCAUGUACAACAUGCCGCGGGCGGCGUCGGUGCGCGCGCAGACGCCGGGCGCGCUGUGGGCCAUGGACCGCCACACGUUCCGCCGCAUCCUGCUCAAGAGCGCCUUCAAGAAGCGCAAGCUGUACGAGGCGCUUCUGGACAACGUGCCGAUGCUGAAGGCUCUACAGUCGUACGAGCGCUCCAACCUGGCCGACGCUCUCGUGCCGCGCACCCUGAACGACGGCGAGCUGAUCAUCCGGCAGGGGGACACCGCGGACGGCAUGUACUUCGUGGAGGAAGGCUCUGUCAGCAUCCGCAUCAGCCGCGAGGACGGCAACGAGACCGAAGUCAAGCGGCUGGGCAAAGGUGGAUAUUUCGGCGAGUUGGCUCUGGUCACCCACAAGCCUCGCGCCGCCUCCGCUUACGCUGUCGGUCCCACCAAGGUGGCAUUCCUGGACGUGGAAACCUUCGAGCGUCUCCUCGGGCCGUGCAUGGAGAUCAUGAAACGCAACAUCGAUGAUUACGAGGAGCAACUCGUGAAGCUGUUCGGCGAUAAGAGCAACCUGACAGACGUGCGAUGAACACGCAUCGCGCCCCAACAGUAACUGAACCCCUUCCGCACCACGUGACGCCUCGUCCGCCGAUACAUGUUGUGUGUCCCCAGUGUCCUGAACCCAGUAGUCGUUCAUAGUUCGUGCAAUAACUGUCAUUAAUCAAUGUCGUUUACAUCAAUAUCAUGUGUUAAAUUUUUGUCUGUGUGGAAUUUAUUUAUAGAUUUUAAUGAAUCAUAGCGUAAGAUAUAUUCUCUUUGUACUGAUGUUUUAACGUGUCAGUAUAGUAGAUAUGGCUAAUUUAAUACUACCAGUGUAUAUUCAGUUUUAAAGAUAAAAUUAUUCAUUAAUAAUCGCAAUAUCUUUAUUGUUAGAAGCACAAAUGUUUAGAUGCGUGAGUCGUAGGGAGUCUUGUCUUCCAUGGGACCGCUCGCUCCGCGCAUUUUGGAGCGCUAUGUGCAUUCUCUGGCAUACUGAUGUAAAAUUGAAAUUCAUUACGCUUAACCGUAGCGUAAAUUUUUAUAAAUUAUACUAGUCAUUGGUGUCUAAUGUAGAUUUGUAACCUGACAGCACAUUGGGAUGGGUCGUUCCAUACUCACGGUCACUUAGCUGUAAGUCAUUCUGAACCACGACGAGCAUAUCAGCGGAGCGCUAGCCCCGCGGCCAUGUCUUACAUUAAAUCGCACCACAAUGUACAUCCGGUAGCCAGUUGAAAACUAGUACCGCUUUUUCCACGUCAUGAGCUUACCCUGUACAUUUAUAAAAAUUAUGUAUCGUAAAAUGUUAGAAAACUGAAUUAUAUUUGUUUGUAGAUCUAA